AUGGGCCGUUUUGUGCCUCUAAUUCUGGGCGCUUGGAGCGCGUUGCAACUGUUUGGCGCCGUCGCCCAGGAUGUACCGACUUGCAUUCCCGGCUGCGCGAACCAGCUGAGAUCGGACUUUGCCAAGUUUUCUUGCCAAAGCGCCACCGAUGCUGCCUGUUUGUGUCAGGAAAAGUUCAUCAGCAGCGUCGUUGAAUGCAGUGCCAAGUGCAAAGCCAAGGACGAAGAUGUCCGCCGAAAUCUCGGCCAAUCUUUCUGCGCAGGCCAUCUUCCCUCGGCAGCAUCAUCGAGCUCGGUGAAGCCCGGAACGCCGUCGUCGGCCCCGCCGCCCUCGACGGCGACUCCCACUUCAGCCACGCCUGUUUCGACUUCAGCUCCGCCUAGCUCAACUUCAGUUCCGCCCAGUUCGACAUCAAGUGCGCCCGCCUCCACGCAGGCGUCGACUUCAGCUUCGUCCACCUCGUCCGCCGUUGCGGCCGCCACGUCUGCGACUUCUGCGUCGGAAACAUCCGUGGCCGCUUCUCAAACCUCCGCCGCCCUCGCCGGCGCAAAAACCUCUGAAGCUGCCGCAACCGACCCCUCGGCAUCUGCUCUAUCUCAGGCUUCCGUGGUCGGCAUUGGUGUCGGCGUUGGUGCUGCCGUCAUCGCUAUUGCUGGCAUCGUCCUGUGUCUCCUGCUGAGAAGCCGCAAACGAACGCCCCGCCCGUCAAUGGACAUUUCAAAGCCGCUCCCUGGAUCUGGCAGAGCGUAUGCGGGCCGCGACCACAACUCAUUUGAAAAGUAUGGCAACGACAUCGAAAUGACUACGAACCGCUACGAGGACAUGGUACCUCGACAGCAGCCCAGAACCAUGGUUUGA